GCUCUGGCUGCCUCUCAGCAGGCCCACAUCCAGGAACUCGUGCAGCUAAACCGGACUCUCGAACAGACGAACAAGCGACUCCAGCAGGAUAUCGCGCGGGAACAAGCACGGACUAAGGAAGCUAUUCAGCAGAUCCAACUCAAAUGGCAGACCGAACGCAAGGAAUGGCACCAAGGCUGCGAGAGUGUGCAGGCCUGUCAUCGGAUUGUGCAUCUCCGGACGGUGCUGGACCUGGAGAGGGAGAGGUCGCAGGUGUUGGAAGAGAGGGAUCUUGCACGUCGGGAGAAGAGCGCGAGGCUGCAGCGGGAUUAUCGGCUCACCCUCUUUCAGGCCAAAGAAGCGGAACUGGAGGACGAGAUUCUACGACUUCAAGACGAA